UCUCAGUGUGACCGUCUAAAUUAACAGUGGUUAAUAGACAAAUGUCAAAACUUUCAACUAAUCCAUAAGGAAGAACAAAAGAAAAAGCCAUUGAAACAAAUACUUUUCUUCAUGUUCCCCUCCUGAGAAAUUCCAAGUUUCCCAACCCAUGUUAUCAAUUCUACGAAAACUACCAUCGCCGUUUUACCUACACAUACCAACAGCAUUCAAAACUCCAUUAUUAUCAACAUCACCACCUUCAACUUUCUCUCUCCUCAUGAAUCCCCACUCCCCUUCUCUGAGACUCUCAGCCUUAGCGCAGCAGCUCCGCCUCUACAAACACCCGCCACCAAUAGAAGACGACGACGCCGCCGACAUCGAAGAAGAGACUGGGAAGGUGGUUGCCCAAGUGGGUUUUGCUGAAUCUUCGAACCCAAUUGGGCAGAAUUUGGAGAAGGUAAGAGAAUUGAAGGGGUCGGAAAACGAACAGGUUUAUAAGCCGAAAAGAGCAGCUGUUCUUAUUUGCGUUUUUGAAGGGGAUGCUGGGGAUCUUCGUGUUAUUCUUACUAAACGAUCUUCCAGGCUUUCUACUCACUCGGGGGAAGUGGCAUUGCCAGGUGGGAAAGCUGAUGAUGGUGAUAAAGAUGAUGUGGACACCGCAAUAAGGGAGGCUAAGGAGGAGAUUGGAUUGGAUCCAUCACUAGUUAAUGCCGUGACCACUCUCGAGCCAUUUUUAUCUAAGCAUCUCUUAAAAGUAGUACCAGUUAUUGGGAUACUGUCUAAUAAGGAUGCAUUCAAGCCAGAUCCAAAUGCUGCUGAGGUAGAAACAAUAUUUGAUGCUCCCUUGGAGAUGUUCAUCAAGGAUGAAAAUCACAGAGCAGAGGAAAGAGAAUGGAUGGGAUGCAAGUACUUGAUUCAUUAUUUUGAUUAUGAAACAGUUAACAAAAAGUAUGUGAUAUGGGGUCUAACUGCUGGGAUCUUAAUUCGAGCUGCAUCAGUUGUUUAUCAAAGACCACCACCAUUUCUGGAGCAGAAUCCCAAAUUUAAGGUUCCUAGCUGUACUGAUAAAGACACUGUUAUGCGGUGAAUUGAAUGAAGAAUUCUUUUUCCAUCUACGUUUACUCUCUUUGUUCUAUGCAUAGUAGAACACUGGAGUGUACAAUAUGUAUGUCGAUAUACUUUUAGUAGCUGAAAGUAAUAAUGAAAUCCUAGGUCUACUUUGGCUGUGUCA